AUGUUCGAUUCGAUGUUCAUGCCCUAUAUCAACGGUGUCGUCACGCUCCUAGGAGCAUCAGCAAAACGAGAAAGAAUGCAAGUGAUUAAGCAACCCCACUUAGAGAAGCUAUUCCGACGUAAACAUUCUCGCAUCGAGGGCUUCGUCGAUUUGGACGAAGAGUAA